AUGUGGAUUCCUACGAAAUCACCAAAGCUAGGCGUCGCUGUUUAUAACUGGAAAGGAGAUGUCAGAUCGGGAUUGCCAUUGGAAAUCGGGGAGACUGUCCAAAUAUUAGAAGAGAAUGGAGUCUGGUACAGAGGCUUCAGCUCCAAGAACAGGUCCUCCUGGGGCAUAUUUCCAUCAUGUGUGGUGUCCAUAAGACCAUGCAUUGUGAAGGGAUCAGGUGCCACAGCCAUAGCCGAGCUGAAGGAUGAUCCACUGGUCCGAGAGAUUGCAUGCGUCUUGAGGGAAUGGGCUCGAUUAUGGAAAAAACUAUAUGUGGAGCGGGAGACCUACAGGUUCAGUGCAGUGGCCAAGGUGAUGCGAGAACUCCUAAGUGGAAGACGAGCACUACUGGCCGGCACUCUCACCCAGGACCAGACCCGAGCCCUAAGACUCAAGCUGGUCGCCAAACUCGACUGGGGUAACAGAAAACUUGGGCUGGAGCUGGUACCUCGUCGAGGUGCAGAGGCGGUAGAUCCUGAGGAUAUGAGCCUCGUGGAACUAUACAGAGUGCACGUUGAAAGUGCGGAAAGGGCAGCAGCGUGGCGAGGCACACUCCGCCGAGCAGGCGGAUCAGGCAGCAGCUUCAACUCAGGCACACUCACCUCGAACAGCUCCACCACUUCCACCACCACAGUCCAGUCCCACCAUCUAAUGUGCAGUAUGAGGGACUUUGGGCAUACUGCGGGCGGAGAUGAAGCGGAACUGCUCCUCUGGCUUCACGACGCAAGGAGAGCUCAACCUUUAUCAGAGAGAUUCCGAAUCCGAAUAGCCAGAGACGGAUUCUCGAACUACGUGGAUAGAUUGCAUGCUAACAGUACUUUAUUUGCGGAUUUAUCAACGACGGAUCUCUCGAGAGAGCUAUGGCUGGUCGCGUGGGUGAUACGAGUGGGCCGAUGGGCUGGUGCCGGGAGCAGCGGCAGUGGGACUGGGGAGCGACGAGGUCCAGUAGCCAGAAGGCCGUUGGGUGCUGGAGUGUUACCUUUAGCGGAGUUCUUAAGACAACCUGGUCAACAUCCUGGGGAGAAAGAAUAUACGUUUAAAGUGUAUCAAUGCGAAGAGAAAGAUUUCCAUCAGCUACAUGACAUGCUUAUAAGGAAACAAACAAAUAAAUGCAAUAUUCUCCCCGGACAACCCAACUAUGGUAUAGUUGUAGCCCUGCGUCUCUUAUCAAAUGCUGGUAGCAUAUCAGAAGCCGUCGGUUCCGGGGCCACUGUGACUGCUAAACGAGGAUUCCCUGACGUCAUCAUGCCGGGCGACGUCCGCAACGACCUCUACCUGACGUUGGAGAAAGCAGAGUUUGAAAGAGGCGGGAAAAGCACUGCGAAGAAUGUUCUAGCAACUGUUACUGUCCAUGAUAGUACCGGACAGGUUAUUAAUGAAUGUGUAUGGGGUGCAAGUGGCAAUGGUUCCACGUCGUACGAGUCGGUGGUCCUGUACCACAACAACAGCCCGGCGUGGGGAGAGCACCUGCGACUCACUGUGCCCUUGGAGACAUUCACUAAUGCACAUGUCCGCAUCGAGUUUAGGCAUUGCUCUACGAGAGACAAAACUGAGAGGAAACUGUAUGGUUUCGCGUUCGCCCGACUGAUGGAAGCUAGUGGUGCUACGUUGAGAGACGGUGCACAUGAACUAUACGUGUACAAGUGUGACGAUCCUACCAAAUUGACAUCAGCGAGCUACCUCUCCCUGCCAUCGUGCGCGGCAGACAGUGCCCGCGCGGGCUCCGUCAACGGCGUGGUGCCAACAUUCCAAAGAAGUUCCAAAGAAAACUGUACCAUUAGCACCUUACUGUGCUCCACUAAAUUAACUCAAAAUGAGGAUCUCCUAGCCCUACUUCAAUGGCGCGCCCGUCCAGAGAAGGUGCAAGAGACGUUACUUCGAGUACUGAGACUAGGCGACGGACUCAGCUGCGAAGAGCUUAUCAAGUUCCUCAGAGAUGUAUUAGACGCAUUAUUCGCGUUAUUCUCCACUGAAGAUGGAAAUAGCACUCCACAUUCAGGCACAGUGUUCCUGGUUCUGAUAUCGAUAUGCAGCUUGUUAGAUGAGAGUCGGUUUCAACAUUUUAGGCCGGUACUAGAUGUUUAUAUCGAAGAACACUUCUCUGCAGCUCUAGUUUACAAAGGUCUUCUAUCAUCAGUACAACAUUGUGCAGAAUGGGCAGCUAGUGCCGAGGGUCAAGAACCAAUUCGCAAGUGUCUACGUUCUCUAGGCGCAGUGUUCAGGCUGGCUGUGAGGUCUAGGCGGUUGUUCGCUAGAGCUACUGGUGGACAGUAUGAAGAUAGCUUUAGAAGAGAUGUCAGGGCCGCGCUACAUGCGCUAAAAGCUUUUGCGCAACACCCUUAUAAAGAACAUCUUGCACCGGCUCAGGUGGCCCUGAUGUCGUCGUGGGCGGAGGUGUCCCGCGAGGUGUGCGGCGCGCUGGGCGCGAGCGAGGCGGCGCGCGCGGCCGCGCUGGUGCUGGACGCGCCGCACCACCUGCCGCCGCCGCCGCCCGCGCUCGCACGGGCACGCCUGCGGGCCGCGCAGGACAUACUCAAGGGACCGCUGGGAGAGGAUCCUGAGGCAAGAAACAUAAUCCUAACAACGGCCUGUCACCACUUACGAGUGCACCUAGCGCGACGAGACGAGCUACAACAAUGUGCUGAGAUGAUAGGAGAACUAGUGGCUCUGUUGUGGAAGAAACCAGACCCUGACCGACCCGUUGAGGAUGAUGAACUGGAUCCCGACGUCGAUGUACUCUGUCUCAACACCUUGGAUGUGUUGGUGGAGACUGUGCUGCAUCUGAUUGGAGGAAACUCGCCUGUGCUUGGAUCAAUGGUAGCUGGUCUCCUCGGUGUAAUGGAACUACUAAAACCCGUCCACUACCAGCGUUUAUGGAGCCAUCUUGCUCCACACCCACAUGAUCGGAAACCACUGAAAGACUUCCUCAUGAGAGCUUUCUUAGUGUUCAGGCAUCUUAUUGAACAAGACGUAUUCCCAGCAGACUGGAUGGUACUGCGAGUACAAAGCUGUAAAGUACUUCUGUCAGCUCUGCAAGACCUCGCUCAACCAUUACUCGAAAGGUUCCUAGGAGACGAACCGCCGCAGUUUGAUUCACAGUUAUGGUCAGGCUACAUGGAGCUAGGCGUGGCUCUAGUAACAUCUACCGCGCUACAACCGGAGCGGUGGUCAGGGCGGGGUCCGGACCGACCGCGGAUGCGCGCUGCAGCGGGAAUGAGGGUGCUGGCUACUUGGAAUCUAUUAGGUCCAGCCCAACUACACUUAGUACCAGGUGCAGUAGGAGCUCUUUUAGAGAUAACCCUAGUUGGCGAGCUUCGUCGUGCGGCGCUAGGGGCGCUGGUGUCGUUAAUGGCAGCCGAGCGAGCGCACGCGGGACACGCGCGACGUACUGAGGCUGCAUUGGUGGACAAAUUGGAUUCGCUCGUAGCAGACAACAAGGCGGAUGACCACUACCGACGACUAUUUGAUACUGUGGAACAUUUGAGCUCAGUGUUGAUGGAGCGUGUAUCGACGGAAGGUUGGCGCGAGGCGGGCGCGGCCUUCGUGGCGUGCGUGACGCGCCUGCUGGAGCGCCUGCUGGACUACCGCGCCGUCAUGCAGGGCGCCGAGCACCGGGACAAGCGGAUGGCCGCCACCGUCAACCUCUUGAACUUCUACAAGAACGAGAUAGACCGCAAAGAGAUGUACCUCCGCUACGUGUACAAACUGCACGACCUUCACAUCGCAUCUGAUAACUUCGUCGAAGCUGGUUGCACUUUACUGUUAUACGCAGAAACGUUGAGUUGGGAGAGCGAUCAGAUUGGCGUGGAUCCCGAAUACCCGGAGAUGCCCGAGUGGAAACGUAAAGAGGCGAUCUACAACCAAGUGCUACAAUACUUUGAUCGUGGAAAGUGCUGGGAAAAAGGCCUGCCUCUACUCCGUGAGCUAGCAACUCUAUACGAAGUGAAACUAUGUGACUACCCACGUCUGUCGCACUGUCUGCGAACACACGCGACCUUCUUGGACUCCGUCAUGGAACAGCUCAGACCUGAACCUGAGUACUUCAGGGUAGGAUUUUAUGGAAAAGGAUGUCCAUUAUUUGUGAGGAACAAGCAGUUCGUGUACCGCGGACACGACUACGAACGUAUCGGCGCCUUCACCCAGCGCCUGCAGGCCGAGUACGUCGCCGCGCAUAUACUCAUGCGGAACACGCCGCCUGACGACUCCGUCAUCGCUAACGAUGGACAGUAUAUUCAAAUCUGCAAUGUGAAGCCGGUAGCGUCUCGUCGACAAUGGCCGUCUGGCACUCCGGAACAAGUCAAACGGUUCUACGCUUGCAAUGAUGUCGACACAUUCCUCUGUGACAGACCACUACAGAAACCUCCGAUUGAUAAAGAUAACGAGUUUAAGAGCCUUUGGAUAGAACGAACGACAUUAGUGACUGAAAACACGUUACCAGGCAUUUUACGAUGGUCCGAAGUUAUUUCGAGAUCUGUUGAAGAAAUACCACCCGUAGAAUACGCCUGCGAAACGAUGGAAGCAACAGAACGUGAGCUUCGCAGCCUCAUCUCACAGUACACAGCCGACCCAACGCUGAACAUAAAUCCAUUCUCCAUGCGACUACAAGGGACUAUAGACGCCAACGUGCAAGGCGGUAUAACGAAGUAUGAGCAAGCGUUCAUGACGGCGGAGUUCGCGAGGAACGCGAGCCCUCGGGAGGCGGCCGCCGCGGCCAAACUCAGGCGCCUCGUGGCCUCGCAGCUCGCCGUCGUCGACGCUGGACUCAGUCUGCAUGGGAGACUGGCGCCUGAGGAUGUUAAGCCGCUGCAUAGGCGUCUUGUGGAACGAUUUAACCAACUACGCCAAAACUUAGGACCGGGUUUGGCUCGUGCACGAAGACAACUAUCCGAAAGUAUUGUAAACACUCCAUUACCCCCGGUCCCAGCACUGGACAAGCGAUCACAGAGUAUACAACAAAGCGACAACUACUACGACGACCACCAUCUCUAUGAUAAACCGCUAUCAAUGGAAGACGCAAUGGAGCAACAGAGUAUAAUGUCGAGCAGUCUCCCGAUCAGUGACAACCGCGACUGUGUGGAAGAUAACUCUAUGAUCAAGUCUGCGCCGCCAUUACCUAUCAGACCCAAGUCCGGCGAUCCUAGGAGUCCAACCAGACCACCUUUGGAGAAGUAUCGGGAUUCAAUCGAUGGUGACUUGGUAGACCAGUGCCGACACAGUCGCGCGUCCUGGAGCGAACCUGGAGAUGCACCUCCAUUACCACCUAGAGUGUCUGGAGACAAACGGUCAUGGAUCGAAGCCCCACCCGCCAUACCCCGUCGCGGGCCGCGUUGUAUAGACACUCCGGACGACGCGCGAGACUCCGGCGUCAGCGUCGACCAUGCGUAUGGAAACGCAGAUGAACAUGGACAUCUGCAUAAAGAUUUAGAUCUCACAGUAGACUCACUACGAUACGAGGAAAUAAUCUCAAUGAUGUCGGAGCCUCUCCGUGUGGAUGAGGGAGAGAAACCUCCUCCUAUACCACCGAAAGGACUCGGCCACCUCAGCUCCUUUGACUCAGGACACCACGAGAACGGCGAAUCACACUGUUAA